AUGGGGCUAGGCACAACACCGGGAGACUGUGGUGAGUGCUUUGACUUGCCCGACACGGAAACCUUCCACAGUCAUGAGGUCAUUGAGAUUUGGGCUGUCUGCCGCUGGGCGUCGCACGGAGCCCUGUCACUCUCUGUCCCAAAAGAAGUUUCAUUAGAAAAUGGCACUGUGGCCAACAUCACCGCCACUUUAAGCACGCCCGCCAAGGAGGCACUGGUGAUAACGUUUAAUGUCACGUAUUCGUCCAAGAACACAACCAUCAUCGAACUGCCUGAUCACGUAAUAAUACCUGUGGGCCUAAAGAAGACUAACUUCCAAGUGAGAGCCGAAGAUGUUGGGCAGGUGACUGUGUAUCUUUGUGCCAACCAAUCCAGCCAGACUGGGCCAAGAAUCCAGUUCCUUGUGAUCCACAGCAAUGCUUUGAGGAUUCUAGACCAGGUAAUCGGGUGGAUCUACUUCUUCGCCUGGUCAAUCUCUUUCUAUCCGCAAGCGUUUAAGAACUGGAAACGCAAAAGCGUUGUGGGGCUGAGUUUCGACUUCAUCGCCCUGAACCUUACGGGCUUCAUCGCCUAUGCAGUCUUCAAUGUUGGGCUCUUCUGGAUCGGCUCCGUUAAGGAGCAGUUCCUGCAGCAGUUUCCCAAUGGACUGAACCCCGUGGACAGUAACGACGUGUUCUUCAGUCUCCAUGCUGUAGCUGUGACCCUCUUCAUAAUUUUCCAGUGCUGCAUUUAUGAGAAAGGGAGCCAGAAGGUCUCUUGGAUUGUUGUUGGGCUGCUGGCCCUCGCCUGGAUUUUUGUCUUCGCCACCCUGUUUGUGGCUGUUGUCCGGGAGAUCACGUGGCUUCAGUUCUUGUUUUACUUCUCUUACAUUAAGUUGGGAGUUACCCUUGUCAAGUACUUCCCACAGGCCUACAUGAACUUUCGCCGCAAGAGCACCGAAGGCUGGAGCAUUGGUAACGUCCUGCUGGACUUCACGGGUGGCUCGUUCAGUCUGCUGCAGAUGUUUCUGCAGUCCUACAACAACGAUGAGUGGAAGCUGGUCUUUGGAGAUCCCACCAAGUUUGGUCUAGGCCUUUUCUCCAUCAUUUUUGACAUUGUCUUCAUCAUCCAGCACUAUUGUUUGUAUAGAUCUUCGGGCUAUGAGCCCAUGGGUUAA